AUGCCUUCAUAUGCUAAGUUUCAUAAAGAGAUUCUAUCCAACAAGAAAAAGCUUGAGGAUGAUGAAACUGUUAUGCUUAUUGCCGAGUGUAACGCUAUUAUUCAAAAUAACGGGCCUCAUAAAGUGAAAGAUCCAGAUAGUUUUUCCAUACUAUGUGUAAUCGGAAGUUAUAUCAUAGACAAAGGAGGAUUCCACACCCCUAUUAUUUUAGGAAGACCCUUUCUAGCCACAUCCGGAGCCAUCAUAGAUGUGAAGAAAGGUAGGCUAACAUUUGAAGUUGGAGAAGAAAAAAUUGUAUUUCUCUUAGCUAAAUUCCUACAAACACCAGCUAUAGACGACUCAUGUUGUUUCUUAGACGUCAUCGACGAAUAUGUGAAAGAAAUGGAGAAGGAAUCAUCUAAGUAUACUGAAGUAUUGAAGAUUCCAACACCUCCUAUAUUCGAAGACGUGGCGUGGGCCAUACGUAGAUGA